GAGACUGACAUCAGCCGGCAGAGCCCAGCUCCCCACACCUGAUUCCAAGCCCGCUCAGAGCUGGUGAAAAAUGGUCUCCUUUGAGUUUCUGGCCUCCUGGGUCCCCGGCUUCCCUAGCUUGGCCUGGGGUUCCACCCUGCUGGACUCUCUCUUGCAAGGGCUAAUAGGAGCCUGUGCCGUGUCUGUCCUCUGCAGCCUGGUGAAGAUUUAUCUCUACAUCCAGUGUCUGAAUGACCCGGACAGGCAGAAGGAGAAGGAGACCAUCCGCUCCCAGUGGUCCCUGCUGGAUCACGUCCACCUCCUUCUACUGACAUUGAUCUUCACGGUGGUUGGGUGUCGCGUGGCUGCUUUGGUGGUGCUGGAGUUCUCCCUCAGGGCUGUGUCUAUGCUGCUGUCCCUGAAUAAGGGGGCCCACAGCAGCCAGUUGUACCUGCUGUGCCAGUACUCCCUGGGGUGCGGCAUCUCCUGCAGCCUCAGCUACCUCCUGGAGGGAGCUCCUCACCGCAGCUCCAACCUGCUCCUCAGCUUGGGCCUGGCUGGCCUGAUCACCUGCUACAUCUGGAGGCUGGCCCGGCACAUCUGCACCAUGUACGAGCUGCACAGCAAGGAGCGCUACUGCGGGGUCUGCAUCUUCCUGCUCACCUCCUGGCAUGGCAUCCCCACCCUGCUCUGCAACGCCCUCAAGAUCACCUUCGUAGUGGCUGACCUGGCCGCUGUCGCACUGAUCAAUAGGGAUUUCCUCACCACCUCGGAGGCCAUACGCUUCUGGACGCCGCUCACCAUCUGCUACACCCUGCUGGUCAUCUACAUGCAAGAGGAGCAGAGGCAUAACCCCAGCGAGCAGAUGGUCUAUCAGACAGUGUUUGUGAGGAUGGGAGGCUUGCUCAUCCUCCUAAUGACGGUGGGCCGGUGGAUGGACAUCAUGAACAUCUUCAUCUCGCUGGUGGGUGAGAUCUGGUGCCUGGUUCGGGCAGGAAUCAUGCUGGACGUCUGCCGGGCGCAGCAGGAUUUUUCUCAAAGGUUCCCAGAACCCAGUUCCAGUUCCAGGCAGCCCCAGCCUAGGCCUGAGGCCCAUAGCAGAAAAUUCAGCUCAGUGACCAAGUCCUCAAGUGGAGGGGCUGGAGCCGAGAGGUGAGGAGGGGGCUGCCAUGUUCCAGCGAUGGCAAGAAAGGCAAAGUCCCAGCAACCGGGACUGAACUGUGACAUUUUAAACUCCAGGCCAUGCCAGCUGACACGGCCUGUGAAUUAAGCCGCAUGUCCUCCAGUAGCAAACCAGAUUCGGGGGCGAUCUGCUGAGGACAUUAUCAAUGGACAGUUGUUUGCACAGUCCCAGGUUAACUGUCUUGAUGACUCUUUGCUCCCCUCAACCCCCCACACCAAACACACUGCGGUUGGUCGAUGUGCACUGGUCCCUGGAAAUGGGGAGGCCCCAUAUCACCUUCCGGGCUGCAUCACAUACUGGAGAAUGGGAAACCCUUCCCCCACCACCCCUGGAUUUUAACUUUCCCUGCUGGCUCUUUCCAGAUCAUCUCUAGCUUGCCCCAACCAGCAGCUCUUGGGUGCUAGUGAUCCCAGCCUCUCCCGGCGCCUGAGCUUGCAGUGCUCGUGUCAGGAGCCAGCUGUCCCUGGAUCAACCCCAAAGCCAAGUGUCUUGCCCACUGAACUGGUACAUAAGGCCAGUUAUGGAGGUGGGUGGUGGGAGGAGCUUGGUCAAAGCAAGACGGGGUUGCUGCUGUCUGAGUUUUUGGUGGCCUGAGUGGAAUGAGUUGGUGGCCAGCUGGAUCCAUGCACAGGUGUCCCCACUGCCUAAUGCUCAGUCCCCAUCGGCUCCCUGCUCAGCAGCUGCUAGAGAGUGAAUGGGCAUGGGCCUUGCUCUCCUCCUGGAGGUUGUCCCUUCAAGUCAAGGCUGAGGCCCCUUGGCGGGGCAGCAGGGGAGACAAGCUGGGGGAUGGAGGCCUGUUAAUCCAGCACCUACACACUUACUGUAAAGAAUUCCCUCCUACUUCAUUGCCAAGGAAGUACCCCUCCUCACUGGGUGUUGGUGCAGAUGGGGGCUCCCUCUCAGCUCAGAGAUGUGCCUCCCCUCCAUGUGCACUUCCUCAGCGCCCCUCUGUGCCAGGGGCUGGGGUGUCACUCAGUGCCCGUUAGCAUCUAGCUGUCCUGGGCGCACAGAGCCAUUCCUCUGUAGCCUGUUCCUCCGGGGCUCUGAAGGAGACGAGCCUGCACCUGGGCUGGAUGUUUGGUAGCAGGGGCUGGCUCAGCUGGAUGGGAUCUCUGAAUUGCUGCCUUCGGGGCUGGAGCUGACCUUGAAAUCGAGCAGCCCAUGAUGGGACUGUCUGGACCUCCUGCUCCAGAUUUGCCUCGUCCCCCUGGGCCAUGGGUUUGCUCUGUCCCAUUCAGGCUCUCUCUGAUCUUGCACUAGCCUCUCCUUCAGAACCCUUGGGCCACGUCCUCUGGGGCUGUGAUUGCAAUGAGCAGCCUGGGCUGGGCUCCGGACACCGUCCCAGAAUGAGACGGGAGGCGCAGUGCCCCUCAGCUUCCCUGUCUAGUGAGUUAGGUGGAAGAGGGAAAUCCAUGGACUUUUGUACUGUCAAUUGUGUGGCCAUACGUGAGA